UUUCUCUUUUCUUUCCGGUGUAGAUGUAUUACUGUCUAAUCUCAUAUAUACGAGUACCCUGCGGCUGCAUCAUCGAUCGACUACGCUCAAGCACCGACGCAACGAAAUGAAGCCGCGAGGCUGCUGCUGGGUUAUGUCUCAUUGCGGAGGCCGACUGCUUCCCAACGAAACACACGCUAGCAUAGCAGCUCAUCUCCACACGGGCUCGGUUCCAAGGUUGGAGAACGAAACGAAUGCAACAAACUGCAAAACAAAAGAAGAUAAAAAAAUGGAUGGAAGGACAGGAGACAAGAGACUGCGUCACAGGUUACUCCGAUGUGGCAUGUGGUACAAUUCAGGUCAUCAUCUGCCGGCUUUUCAACGCGCAGGAGUUUUGGGUCUCUUGGGGGGGGUGGACGACACUGCGGUUGGCCGUCUGCUUGUCACGGAAGAAGGACGGUGGGCGGAGGGGAGAGAGCGAAGGCAUUGUAGAGCAACAGCGCCCAUUGUGUUCUUGUUCUGUAUAAAGCGACACUUUUGGGGGAUAUCAGGACUGGGGGUCCUUUUUUCCCUUUUUUUUUUUCCUUUUUCCUUUGUUCACCCGUUACACUUCCUUGUUAUUCUUUUAUUAUUUUCCGCUCCCUUUUCUUUUGGGUUACUCUGUGUCCCCCCUACACACGCGCGCGCGAGAGGGCACAAUCUUAAGGGGAAAAUAGGCCGACCUUUUGGCGAGUGUCCUGCCCGGGAAUUGCCUAUGCUGAUGCGGCCACCAUGGGCACAACACUGGAAGACAUGGGAGGCCGGAGGGGCAACGCUCGGGGGAAGUUGAAAUAAGCGAUCUAGUUGUACGCACACGUAAAGCGCUGUACUAUCUCUAUACGGCCUUGUGCCGCGUGGGAUGCUCGAGAUUCCAAUGGAUGGUCGAUCAACAGCGACGAAAUAUUGCUUCACCUUGAAUUCAUGCCCGAUACUCGAGUAGCAUUGUAUGUCUCGCUUGGUGUUCACCUUGAUAUGUUCUUCUAAAUCUUUUACUUUGGGCUUGCUCUCUUAUUCAUUGAUUAUUUCUUUCUUACUUUCCUUUCUAUCUUUCUCUCUUUGAAAGGAAAUAGAUUGUAUUUUUAUU